AUGACACCACCUCCAUUUCCACAUCCAACUCCACCACUUGCACCACCACAUUUACUACAUCCACAACCACCACCACCACAACCACCACAUCCUCCUCCUCCUCAUCCUUUGCCACCACCUCCUCCUCAUUCACCAGCACUGCCACCACCACCACCACCACCACCUCCACCUCCACCUCCACCACCACCACCUCCACAACUGCCAUCCCCACCACCACAACCACCAACUCCGCCUUCAUCUCCACCACCAACUCCACUCCAUCACUACCACUACCACCACAUAAUUAGUGCAUAA